CAUCCUCGCCUCAAACUUUUUGUCAUGCACGGAGGCUUCUACGGCAUGAUCGAAGCCGCUAUUCGUGGUACUCCCUUGCUGGUGAUCCCGUUCUUUGCUGAUCAGUUCCGCAAUGGACGUGCUGCUGAAACUAGAGGUAUUGGUCGAAGCUUGCAGAAGUACGAUCUGAACUAUGCGAAACUGAGCGAAGCUUUGGAUGAUCUGCUGAACAAUAGCAAGUAUUUGAAAGCAUCUAAACGCCUCUCUGCAAUGAUCAAAAAUAAACCGAACAAACCGCGCGAGCAAUUGAUCAAAUGGACCAAUUUUGUGGUACAAUUUGGAUCUCUACCUGAACUCAGUGUCGAAGGUGCUAAACUCAAUUUCAUCAAAUACUUUUGCAUCGACGUUAUUGCUGCACUAAUUUGUUUGAUUGUUAUAAUAUUAGUGGUGAUCAUUCGAAUUCUGAAAUUCAUUUGGAUGCUUUUCCCAAUGAACAACACUCGAAUGGUUCACAAGAAAAAAUUGUAA